AUGUUUUCUUAUACACCCUCCGUUUAUCUCGAGAGGUUGCUUUUCAUAUUACGCGUCAAUGACAAACGCGAUCUUUGUUCAAAUCACGUGAAGUCACGUGACACAGACCCUGGAACUGUAGAUAGUAGGAAUAUAAAAGGGCUGAAAAAUCUCAAAACCAAUAUAUAUUUAUAUGUUGUAUGUAUGAAAAAUGCUUUAAAUCAUUUUUUUAAAAUCGUUGUACAGUCACAGGAUGAUGAGAUCCUUUGA